AUGAGGAGCCUCAGCUGCGGUGUCCCGGUGCUCCCCGGUGCUUCCGUACCUGUCAGGGCCGGCGGCUUCGGGGCGGCGCUCUCUCGGUCCUGGGGCUCAUGUGCGGAGCUCCUGAGUCCGCCGUCAGAGCGCGGGAGGCGGGAGUGUGCGUUUCGUCAUGUCGCUUUGAUCGGUGCUGUUCCCCUCCGCCCCCCGCGGCCUAUUGAUGCUGAUGACAGGAGCUGCCACCGUACACGUACACGCUGCUCUCUAAACGGCUCUGUUCAACUUCACUCACUCAAAAUGGCACCGGAGGAGCGCGUGCCCCUCUCACCGGCAGAGGGCGCUCUGAGCCUGAGGUGGAGCGGCUCCUGGCCCCUGGCCCCCAGCUCCGGUGGUGAGUCCAGGCAUGUGUUUGGGAUGCCUCCAGCACGUUUCGCUGCAGGCAGAAUGUGCAACACCUUUGAGCAUGUGUCAGAGCCUGGAGCAGUCUGCACCUGA